AAAAAUUUUACUAUUGCUUUUUUUAGAAAUUGAAAUAAUGGAUGAACAAUUAUUAAAAUUAUUUGAUACUGAUAAUUUUGAAGAAUUGUCUCAAAAAUUGAGAGAAAUCACGAUUGAGCAAUUGAAAGAAUUCGUGGAUGAUCACAUACUACGUCAUAAAAAUGGAAGUGAAGAGUCUACAAAGAUACUGAGAGCAAUUUUUAAAGGUUGUAACUCUGAGAAGAAUCACCUAUCACUUCAUACUAUUGCUGUCUUCACACAUUGCCUAAAAUUUUUAUCGAGCCCAGAUGUUUCACAGAAUACAGGAACCGAUAUUCUUGGCAUUAUAUUGUUUGAGAUUGAUAAAUUAACAACAGGAGGUUUGGUUGAUGCAAGUAAGAUGAUUAUUGAAAUGAUAAGAAAUGGAAAUACUGGUCAUGGAAGAGCGAUACAAGUAUUACCCAAACUGCUCACUUGUAUUGAACAAAAAAAUGAAGUCUACAUAGGGGCAGAUCAAGGAAGCAUGUCUGGGAGUGAAUAUAAGAAGCAUCUCAUUAACAACCUGUGUUCUGGAAAAUGGUCGAGUAGAAGUAUUAUUCACUUGGCAAAUAUUUUCAAAGAUGUUUCAAUGUCAAUCGAUGAAAUGAGAUUUUUUCUUCAAAAGAUGCUACGCCAACUGGAACGACUUGAAAUACAAGAAAUACCACCACUAGUCCAUCAAAUAUUGCCUUUGAGUGGCAAAACGAAUCAUGACAUUGUCCUCCAAGGAAUAUUUCAUGUUUUUACGAAAUUAGAUAAAAAAUCUUUGGAAGAGCAACGAAAAUCUACAGGUGAUAGCUGGAAUGAAAUGUUUGAGAUAGAAGAGAAUGUGGAUUAUUCAGAAAACAAUGGUCACGCAACAAUCGAAACAUCUGCAAGGAAUCUUAAGAUAGUGGAAGGCACAGUUAUACUUCAUUUAACAAACAUGGCAAGAUGGGAUCAAACAUUGGGAAAAGUUUUCAUAAAAAUGUUGAAGAUGGUGAAAGACUCAUUAGCAGAAAAUUCUUUAUCAGUUUUUUUUCUGGCAGUUGCACUUAUCCUGUCCCAAAUCAAGAUUUUUAGAGAACAAAUCUUAGAACAGCUCAAAGUCAUUAUUUUCAGAUGUUUUUCUCAUGAGCACAGGCAUGCUAAUAGUAAUUGGUUGAAACAGAGGUUGUUGAGCGUUCCAGAUGUAAAAAAGUCACUCCAAUCUGUGCUGGAUUCAUGUAAACACAGCUGGGAGCAGGUUGUAACAGGAAUUGUUCGCUUAGGAUUAUGUCUUUUGGAUGCUUAUGGACCAAAAUCAGGAGCAUUUGGAAGAAUUAUUGAAGGUAUACCGGCAAGAGAAGAUACUCCUCAACAAAACUGUUGUGAUCUUGGAGCUUAUCUACUUGCAAAUGUAUUUAAAUCUCAUCCUGUUGUUCGUACUGAGAUAAUUGAACAAUUACUCAAUCGUGUUAUUACAAAGAUGUCGUCUCCAAUCAAUCAUUAUAUCGAUGUAUUGAAAGGCAUCUGCAAGCAUUAUUCCAGCAUAGUUUUAGAAAGCAAACAAAAGUUGAGAGAAUUUUUUGAACGUAUUUGCUUGUUGUCACCACAAAAUGCAGCUUGUGUCUUACAUUCAAUAUUGCCACUUAUUCGAAUCAAUUCUCAUCUCAAAGAUUCAUUGAUUUUAGUGCUGAGAAAAGCAUUAUUCUCCUGCCAGAUUAACGGCCGAAUUAUUGCAUGUGAUAGUUUCCUAUUAUUGUUGCAAGAUUUUCGGGUUGAAGGAUUUGUAUCGUUGAGUCAAGCUUCAAGUCAAUCAUCACAGUCUAUGUUUUCAAUGAGUUCUCAAAUUCAUGUUGAUGUUCACAACUCUUCAACGGAUGUGCCAGUCAACCAAAGCUCCAACCACGAGUCUUUAUGCUUGGAAGUUCUUUCAACCUUGAGAAGAUGUCUUACCCAGCAAUCCCCAGUGCGAGCUACUUUAUACAAAGGCUUAUGGAAUGUUAUUUUAUACAAUCCACACCUUGCCAGACCGAUAUUGGAGAAGUUAAUAACUCAUUUUAAUCUAUACCAUGAAGAACAUGCUGGAGUCAUUCCUCCAAUCAAACCCAAAAUAUGCAUCACUGUUCAGAAUGGUGAACCAACUUUACUUGAACCCUUAUCCUUGCUGCUGUCAUCAAUGUUCUUGUGCAUGAAGAAGGGCCAAGAACGUCAAGGCUUAGGAGGCGAAUAUGACAAAGAUGAAAUAAUAGAUCAAAAUAUUUUGAUAACUGUUAAUGAAUUAUUUGAAUCAAUCACAACAAGAAUGGUCAAAUCUGAGAUGGAGGAUUUUGAACUGGAUAAAUCUGCCGAUUUUUCCAAUUCCACCAGUGUGGGAAAAAACAAUUAUAUUCUGGGAAAUUUAGUGAUGGGAUGUUAUCAAUCAUUAUUUGAAUAUGCUUUUCUGCAGGAUGAUUUAAAUGAAAAAAGUGCAAAUACCAUAUUACAACUACAUGUACGUUAUAAGAAAAUAAAAGAUGUCAUCAACAGUGGUCGUAAAGAUUCAAAUAAAUCCUCUGCAUCUAGCUUUUCAGCUAGUCCUGUAUUUAUUAAAAGUCUUAUUGAUGGUUUAUUUUGUGAUGAAUCAACAGACCGAGAAGUAGGAUUGAACAUAUUGAGAAUGGAUGAUGAUUUUGUCAAAUAUGCUGCGGAAACUGCAAUAUCAGCUGUUGUUGAUGCCAAAGAACACGAUCUUGUAAAAGGAAUUGGAGGUAAUGACAAGAAUCUGCUUCUUGAGAUGUGUAUGACAGUCGGACGAGCAUGUUUAAAAAAGUUCAUGGAACUCAGAAACGAUCCUACAGCAUCUGCAAUAUGCCAUUCUUGCCUUGAUGCCUUUUUUCACUCACUACAAUAUAUAUAUACCAGAAAAAGAAAAAGGUUGGAAGAAUUUUUGAUGUCAGUAUCCAUGGAUCGUGAUGCUGAAGGAACAGCAGUUAGUGCCAAUGCUCAAGUUAGAUUAGUUCGAAGAUUUCAAAGAAUUAUAAUUGCUUAUCUCUCUGAAGAUGUAGCUCUUUCUUCAGCUCAUCGCAAAAUUCUUCCUCUUCUUGCAUCUGUCGUGGAUUUUUUAUCCUCUACAUCUUUCUAUGAUUUCACAAAUAAUGUUGUCAAGGAAAAUCCCAUUCAUUCCUCCACACCAUAUCCCAAUGAUAUAACUCAAACUAAUAAAUGGAUCGGAAAAUUGUGUCAAGAACAGAUUAUAGAUGAUGCUGCUGUCACAAAGUCACUUAUCAGCCUUCACUUGCAUCUUUGCACAAUAUGUGGCCCAUGUACCGGUGAUGGUAGAGCAGUACAAGGUUCAGAGGGUGCAAUCCAUGACAUUGCUGAAGAUGUCCGUGUUGUUGCUGGUGAUAUCGAAAACACUGAAGGGGAAGAUAGUACGAUGGUUGAGGAGAGGAAGAGAGGAUCUCAUUACCAAAUCAUUGAUGAGUGCAAUGUCAUCAUCUUAGUGCCAAUUUUGGUGAGUCAUAUGGAUUCCACUGUGGAAGAAACAGAAUGGCUGUUGCAGAGGUUGAAAGGUCUAAUUGCUGCUAAUUUAACCGAUGAAAAGUUUGAAGAUUCUACCGUAGUUUCAGAAAUUGUUACAGAUUUUGAUAAAAAACGAACAAACAUUGAAAGUAGCAUUUGCUCCAGGCUUGGAAUUAUUUUAAAUUCUUAUCGCGAACUUAUAUUAUCAUCUCUACCACUUGGACAACCCGCUGAAUGCACGUUUCAUGGUCUAUCCAAACUUUAUAAUCUAUUGACUCAUCUUGCCAAAUAUUACACUUGGUUAUUAUCACAAAAUGUUAUAAAAUCUCUCCCACCUUGUUUCGAAAAACUAGUGAAACUGAUUGGCACAGAAGUCACAAGAUUUAUAUAUCCUUUCAUAAAUUAUAUUGAAAGUAUGCAAACAAAUAGAACAUCACAAGAUGCUAAGAAAAGAAAGAGAAAGGAUAACAAUAAAGACUCGACAAGAACUGCAGCAAAUAAGAUGAAAGUAUUACGAGAAACAAGGUUCAUUCCUUCACUCAUUUAUUCUGUUGAAAAUUUGGAGCGUUUUCUGAUAUCUUUGGGAAAAAAAUGCAAAAUGGAUUUGUUACGAGAACACAAACUUCCGACAUCUCGCGAUUUUCGUAUCAAAAGUUCAGUUAUCAAAGAAACUCUUGCAAGGAGAGAAGAGGAGGUAACUCAGGAAACGCAAGAGGAAAUAUCUACAAAUAGUUCAGAUGAAGGAGAUUCUGCCAGGAAAAAGCCAAGAUCUGUUGACAAGUAAUAUACAAUUGGCUUCAAGAAAAAGGCACACUUUAUUUAAAUCUGUUUUACUCAUUUAUAUAUAUUGUACAAAAUGUUGUUCUGUGGCAAAUAAAAUUCUUGUUUGUUCUU